GGCCGGGAGCGGAGCGCGCAGCCGGGUGGGCUGAGGGGCGACGGCGGCCUGGGAGCCGGGGAAGUUUGGGCGACCGUGGGCAGUGCUGCGAUCCGGAGCCAGGCUGAAGCCGGAGGACCAGGGGGCGGGCGUACCGGCUUACGGACGCCCCCGGGCCCGCUGCCACUGUCUCGCGUCCUCUCGCCUGGAAAAGUGUUUAAGCUUUUAAAAUGUCAUCUAUCAAGCACUUAGUUUAUGCAGUUAUUCGUUUCUUACGGGAACAAAGUCAGAUGGAUGUUUAUACUUCAGAUGAACAAGAAAGUUUGGAAGUUGCAAUUCAGUGCUUGGAGACAGUUUUUAAAAUCAGCCCAGAAGAUACCCAUCUAGCAGUUUCACAGCCUUUGACAGAAAUGUUCACCAAUUCCUUCUGUAAGAAUGACAUUCUGCCUCUCUCAAACUCAGUGCCUGAAGAUGUGGGAAAAGCUGACCAAUUAAAAGAUGAAGGAGACAAUUUUAUAGGAGAGUACCACGUAAGCAUAAAGUGCUAUACAAUGUUCAUUCAAUUGAAUCCCAGGUCAGCCACGUACUAUUGUAGAAAUAAGGCUGCUGCUCAGAGUAAAUUAGGUCACUACACAGAUGCAAUAAAGGAUUGUGAGAAAGCAAUAGCAAUUGAUUCAAAAUACAGCAAGGCAUAUGGGAGAAUGGGACUGGCCCUCACUGCCAUAAAUAAAUUUGAAGAAGCAGUUACAAGUUACCAAAAGGCAUUAGAUCUUGACCCUGAAAAUGAUUCUUAUAAGUCAAAUCUGAAAAUAGCAGAACAGAAGUUAAGAGAGGUAUCCAGUCCUACAGGAACUGGAUUGAGCUUUGACAUGGCUAGCUUAAUAAAUAAUCCAGCCUUCAUUAGUAUGGCAGCAAGUUUAAUGCAGAAUCCUCAAGUUCAGCAGCUAAUGUCAGGCAUGAUGACAAAUGCUAUUGGGGGACCUGCUGCUGGAGUUGGAGGACUAACUGACCUGUCUAGCCUCAUCCAAGCGGGACAGCAGUUUGCUCAGCAGAUACAGCAACAGAAUCCUGAACUUAUAGAGCAACUUAGAAAUCACAUCCGGAGCAGAUCAUUCAGCGGCAGUACUGAAGAACAUUCGUGACUUGACCAGGGACCCUGGCCCAGAGCACAAAUGAUUAUGGCUCUUACGUGUUUGCUGUAGAUAGUGGCCAAAACAAAGACACCUAAAGAAUCAAUUUAUCUAGACGAUAGGUUUAGCAUAAAGACUUGAACAUAACGUGACUCCUUUGCAAACAAAUGAUCAGUAGCCCUGUGGAGUGCCAGUGUAGUACUGGACAGGGUUCCAUUUUCAAAUCCUCAUCAUCGUAUUUGUAUGUUAGACCUAAUAGCAGAGUUCAUUUAUUGAACAGUAAGGCUGUUUAUUGGUGAGCUCUCCAGCUCCAGAUUCCCGUAAGCAAACUUCUUUGAAAGAUGGAGAUGAUGAAGAGGAAAGGUUUCUCAUGCUGGUUUAGGAGAAAUAUCCUGGCCACUGAACAGCGUGUCUGGAGAGAAGAAAUUUAUUGUCUAGAUUUCAUUUGGAAAGUGCUCUCAGGACUGAAUAUAGAUCACAGGGCCAGUACUAUCUUUAAUGCUGCUUGUUCUGAUGGGUAACAGGGAAUACUGAGAGCUGGUGGAAAGCAGCAUUUGGCACAGGGGUUGUUUUUUGAAAAGGAAAAUAGAUGCUGUGAAUGUACAGAGAGUGAAGGUAGGCUGUUCAGGUUUUCUGCAUAGUUCUUAACUCAUCUUGCCUGCAGUUUGGUCUUGAUAACAUUAGCAUGGCCAAUUACUCUAAGAACAUAAUAAAAUACAUUUAGAAAUCCUUAAUGGUUCUUUAGGUCCUUUGUAUAACUAUUCCGUUUAAUGUACACAAUUUCUCCAGUGGUGCCCUUACCAUGGAAACUCUCAAAUAUAUUUACAUUUAAAUAAGCCAGUGGUUUGACCCUCAAGUUAAGGAUUUUCUAAGUGGCAUUUAAUUAUGUGCAUAUAAAUACUGAUUUUUUAAAAACUCACUAAUUAUUUGAUGGAUUAAGAAAAGCUUCUAACAUUGCUUGUUCAUGUAGACCUUUGCUGUAAUUUGGCUUGGCAUGUUGCUUUUAUGCUUAAUCCUAAUUUGAUGCAAUGUAAACAUAACAGGGGACUUAAAAUAUUUCACUGAAAUCAGAAUUCAUAGUAGUUAAUGAAGAAAUGUGGCAUUAAGUAUUAAUGGCAUGGCUUUAACUACAGUGAUGGAAAGACCAUUCUAACUGGAAUUUCUUUUGUUAAUUACGGAAUUGGUAAAGUUGGGUGAACACACAAUUUCACAAGUGUUGUGAGAGACAACUGAAAAAGUAAUACAAAAUUAAGUUAGUAAUACUCAUGAUGAUGAGGGCUUUACUAUAACUACUGUCCUCAGAAGACCUGGUAUCUGUAAGUUUAAAAACCAACUUUUCCUUUCUUUCCCUUGUGAGAUUAGAACAGUGGUUCUGUAAUUUCAUUGUAAGAAUUCAUUAAAAAUGCAAUUUUAAUGUGUCCUGUAGUAAGGCCUAGGAAUCACCAUUUUAAAUAGUAUACCAGGUGGUUCUGAUGUAGGUCCAAGGACUCUAAUUUAGAGGAACGGUUAAGUUAGAGACUUCUCUUCAGACCAGCAAAUACAUGACUGCCUAUAUUCACGCUACAAGGAAGACCCAUAUAAAUCUAUAGUUCUGGCCAGAGAAGAACAGGACUUAAAAUUUUAGGCCCUCUGAAUGAAAUCUCCUAUAUUCCAUCUAUGCCAACUUAAUUUUUUAUAAAGUUAAAUUCAGGUUCUAGUGUUCAAGUGUUAUACAGAAUGAAGUACUGACUAUUCACAUGAAAGGUAGGGCUGUUCUGGAAAAAAAAAAAGUGAAAGGUGAUCCACAAUUAAAAAUUAGCUACUCUUGGGGCACCUGACUGGCUCAGUA